AUAUACCAGCUAAGCAUGUUUAACUACGAACGUCCAAAACACUUCAUUCAAACCCAAAACCCAUGUGGCUCCAGACUGCAACCUCCUGGACCGGAAACCUCCAGCUACUCUAGUCAGACCAAACAGUCUUCCAUUAUCAUCCAGCCCCGCCAAUGCACAGAGCAAAGAUUUUCUGCCUCCUCAACAGUGAGCUCUCACAUCACCAUGUCUUCCUCUGCUUUCCCUGCUUCUCCCCAGCAGCAUGCUGCCUCCAACCCAGGCCAAAGGGUUACAGCCACCUAUAACCAGUCCCCAGCCAGCUUCCUCAGCUCCAUAUUACCAUCACAGUCUGAUUAUAGUAGCAGUAAAAUUCCUUCCAAUGUGGACACCAACUAUCAACAACCCUCAGUUGGCCAACCUCUAAGUGCUACACCAUCCCAAAAUGCAAAUGCUAAUAAACCCACACCAAGGACUCCUGACCAUGAAAUACAAGGAUCAAAAGAAGCUCUGAUUCAAGAUUUGGAGAGAAAGCUAAAAUGCAAGGACAGCCUUCUUCAUAAUGGAAAUCAACGGCUAACAUAUGAGGAGAAGAUGGCUCGCAGAUUGCUAGGACCACAGAAUGCAGCUGCUGUAUUUCAAGCUCAAAAUGACAGUGAGGCACAAGAUUCACCACAGCACAACUCAGAACACGCACGACUGCAAGUUCCUACAUCACAAGUAAGAAGCAGAUCAUCCUCAAGGGGAGAUGUGAAUGAUCAGGAUGCAAUCCAGGAGAAAUUUUACCCACCUCGUUUCAUUCAAGUGCCAGAGAACAUGUCAAUUGAAGAAGGAAGAUUCUGCAGAAUGGACUUCAAAGUCAGCGGACUGCCAGCUCCUGAUGUGUCAUGGUAUCUGAAUGGAAGACCAGUUCAAUCAGAUGACUUGCACAAAAUGAUUGUGUCUGAAAAGGGUUUUCAUUCACUCAUCUUUGAAGUGGUCAGAGCUUCAGAUGCAGGGGCCUAUGCAUGUGUUGCCAAGAACAGAGCAGGAGAAGCCACCUUUACUGUGCAGCUGGAUGUCCUGGCAAAAGAACAUAGAAGAGCACCAAUGUUUAUCUACAAACCACAAAGCAAAAAAGUUUUUGAGGGAGACUCAGUGAAGCUAGAAUGCCAAAUCUCAGCUGUACCUCCACCAAAGAUUUUCUGGAAAAGAAAUAAUGAAAUGGUACAAUUCAACACUGAUCGAAUAAGUUUAUAUCAUGAUAACUCUGGUAGAGUCACUUUACUGAUAAAAGACGUAAACAAGAAAGAUGCUGGGUGGUAUACUGUGUCUGCAGUUAAUGAAGCUGGAGUGACCACAUGUAACACAAGAUUAGAUGUUACAGUCCAUCAAAGGCAAACUCUUCCGGCUCCUAAGCAGUUACGUGUUCGACCAACUUUCAGCAAAUAUUUAGCACUUAACGGUAAAGGUUUGGAUGUGAAACAAGCUUUUAACCCUGAAGGAGAAUUUCAGCGUCUGGCAGCUCAAUCUGGACUCUAUGAAAGUGAAGAACUUUAA